UACGACGACAAAUUAUCUCUUGCCAUUGAAAUUUUUUCCUGAAAUCUCGUGCACUUAUGUCCUGAUCAACACCCAUACUCCGAUCUCUUUAAAUAUUAGAGAUGAGAGGAGAGGCGAGGAGCAUACCAACCAUUUGUCCGGCCUCUCACUAUCGACAAGAUGCUCUCCAUCACCCACACGGCGUUGUACGUUGCCUUCAGCCUCAUCUCCUUGGUAACCGUUGCCUCGUCCAUGCGCCACAACUCACCGAUCCCUCCGCCGACUACCAGCCUGACUGACCGCUUCCCCCACCUCGGCUUCGAUGCCGCAUUCACCUACCUUUUCGGUGGCAAGAACAUAAAGAAGAUCAACGACGGCUCAUGUGUCAGUAUCACGCUUGACAAUUCUUCUGGAUGUGGAUUCAAGUCAAAAGAAAUGUAUUACUAUGGCUUCUUCAGCGCGGCCAUCAAACUGCCAUCGGAUUAUUCUGCAGGAGUCGUGGUGGCAUUCUAUGUGUCUAAUUCACAAGUCUACCCGCAUAACCAUGAUGAGAUCGAUUUCGAGUUUUUGGGCCAUGAGAAGAGGAAGGACUGGGCACUGCAGACUAAUAUCUAUGGCAACGGCAGUACAGCGACUGGCCGCGAGGAGAAGUUCUACUUGUGGUUCGACCCGACUAUAGAUUUCCACGAGUACAGCAUUGUUUGGAACCAGUAUCACAUAGUAUUCCUGGUGGACAACAUCCCAGUUAGAGAGGUGAGCCACAAUGAGGCCAUGUCGAGAGCUUAUCCCUCAAAGCCCAUGUCAGUUUAUGCGACAAUCUGGGACGGCUCAGAUUGGGCUACUCAUGGAGGGAAGAAGCCUGUGAACUACAAAGUUGGACCUUUUGUUGCAUGGUUUAAAGAUCUUGAGAUGGCUGGUUGUGCAUGGAAUCAAACUAGCCCAGCUGCUUCGUGCAGCAAGAGAGGAAGUCUGAGUCGUGAUCCGGUGGAGGGGAACGAAUUCAUGAAGCUAUCAGAACAACAACAGAGGGGAAUGCAGUGGGCAAGGAGCAAGUUCAUGUUCUAUUCAUACUGCGAUGACUUGAAAAGGUUCCCAGUGUUACCAAUGGAGUGCAGAGGCCGGGGGAAAAGUUUGACAUGAAAGUUGAGCAAGUUGAUGUUCUAUUCAUACUGCAAUUAAUUAGUUUCGCUUUAUUUCUUUAUUGUUGAUUUAAGGUUUAAGUGAAGAUUGUAUUUGGCAAAAAUUGGAAGAACAAUAUCUAAUGGCUACUAGCCACUGGUGCACACUAGGUGCACUUGCCUCCAAUGUGUAUUUUUAUAUAUGCCUAUCACAUUCCAUAAAUAUGAUCUAAAUAA